AUGCAUCACCUUCUGUACGCCUCCACCGGGACCGUGAUCUCCACCGCCGACACCGACGCCGCCAUGCCCUCUUCUUCCUCUUCGUCUUCUUCAUCCUCGUCAUCCAACUCCAAGCCUAAAUCCUCGAAUCAUGCCCAUAAUUCAAAUUGCAGCUCUCGUUGCCUUUCCUGCAAGCACUUUCCUUCCGCCACCCUUGACCUCCUCAUUCUCAUUCUCGUCGUCUUCUCCAGUGCUUUCCUUCUUUCUUCUUAUUUCUCUUACAUCUUCAACUCCCUUUCCAUCCUUCUCUCUCAUUUCACUCCGCAGCUCUACCAAUUCACGAUCCCUCAGAUUCUAAGGUUCGUCAUCUUCUUUGUCAUUUUGAUUUUAUUAGUUGUUUUCUGCUGUGGUGCUCAAUCCCGUAAGUGUGGCAAGCCCAGAUGCAAAGGACUCAAGAAAGCGAUGGAAUUUGAUUUGCAGUUGCAAAAGGAGGAGUCUCUCAGGACUGGGUCUGAUGAGAUUGAUAAUCUACCUUGGAAGGGUGGGAGUGAGAACAAUCUCGAUUAUGAGUGUCUGAGGUCCGGCUGA